AGACGGUGCUCGUCAGUCUCGCCGCACGGCCGUGUGUGCUUCUGUUUUGCGGGUGCUGUCGUCACACGCACGCCCGCGUGUUGUGGUUGUUUCGGAGGGAGCGCCUACGCGUCGAAUCUGGAUGAAUACACGCGGCGGCGCGGGUGCUUGAACUGCGUGACCCAGCCUCCUUCCGCAGCGAGGCGAACGCGGAUUUCUCCCAUCGACUGACCGCCGGUUAAGCGGUGGUCUUCUUCGAGAGGAUCAACCGCUGGACCAUGACGGCCCACCGACUGGCGACACGAAGCUGGCCAGCCCUGCAGCGAAGUCGACGACAGCCGGUGGCGAGUCCCGCGUAAAUUGACCGUCUCCCACACCGCCUCUGCCCCAGAGGCUGCAGGAGGUAGCCACGAGAUGUCGUCACUUCUGCACAGCUCGCUGAAAGCGUUCAUGGCGGAACUGGUGCGAGCGCCAUCUCCCGACAGCGCGUGUGAACAGGACGAGCCAUGGAGCCCUCUGGCCGGCGGCAAGCAGGGCGCUUCGACCGAAGCCUCCGGAGACGACACCCAGAGCGAGUGCUCCGACGCCAGCAACCAGGCCUCGACGUCUUCUGCGAGCGCCAACCGAUCCUCGCCCACGUCCGCUAACGACGAGUACGCCGGUGCGGAGAUCCGUGCUUCGCAGCGCCGGGUGCCUCCUCCGAGCAGGAGCAGCGCUCCGGUGAGCCAGGACAGCGACGGUGACUCCGGCAUUGACGGCUCCGUGGAACGCUUCUCGCAGAGGGUCGGCUCUACCUCCUCGGCCGACACAGAGCCUUCCUCGUGCAACGAUGGGCCCGUAGAAAGGCAUGAGCUGCACGAGAGCCCGACUCCCAGCGGUGGUAACGACGGAGGCGCCAGGAGCUCGUUUGUGGCGGGGCCUCCGCGGGUGCAUUUCGACGAAGGCCUGGCGUUCUCUGAGCAGCACAUGCGCCGCUCCUGCAGGCAGCUCAUGGCCGCCCUGUACGCCUCGUCGUCGACACAAGGAGCUCAGCUGGACCCUCGCUCCGCGGGACGGUACCGUAGCUUCUCCCUGCCCGUGCGCGCCUUCGAAGAGGACGAGUCUUUCAAGAGGCUCUCCGUGCCCGCUGCCCGCACUCUGCCCUCGAGCUUCGACCUCGACGGCAGAAGCGCGUCCUCUGGCGCCAAGUUGUCCGUCGCUCCGACGCACGACGACGUUUCGGCAUCUGCGAUGAAAUGGUCCGGCUCUCGUCGAUCGUCGGUUCCGCCGGACUCCUCCCCCGCAUUGUCACCGACUGACUCGAAGGACUCUCGUCGGCUCGACCACGAUGUUCCGGCGCCUGCGCCCAGCGAAUCGUCUACGAACAAGCACCCGGCCUACUGCAUAUCUGCGACGUUCAAGUGCUCCAAGGGAAUAGUGCCGUCGCUGAAAGACGCUGCCGGGCCGGUGAACUCCCAGUACCCUGCCCGCGCUAUUUCCAGCUCUGCCCAGUACGCGAACGAGACCGUUUUCGUCAAUGGAAACGUUGGACAAUCUUCGCACGUCCGGCAGGAGCACCACCCGCCUGGCGGAACGAGCCGCGACUCGGCCUGCGAGAGCCCUAGCCGAGAUCGAGGAAUGACGAACAAUAUGUGUUCCGGCGAGGCCCGCAUUUCAGAGCCGUGGCGUACAACCUACAACCUGAGAACCGCCCAGCCGGUCCGUACGGCACCCAGGGAAGCUGUGGUCAGCCGAGUGCAGCCGACGCGACCAGUUUCUAGUCACUCGACGUCGUCACUCUCAGGUCCGAAGCCCAAGACGACGCUGCCGCCUAAGGCACUACCGCUAUCCUUGCCGGGGAUGCCGCCCAAGAGCUCGAGCCGUGGUUCUUCCGGACCGGACACCGGCACGAUGCGCGUGCUAUUCGCGCGCCCCGCUGCCGUGGUUCCGGAGCCCGCGUCGCACGCCGAGCAGCCGCCGACUAGCGCCGCGCGGUCUCCGAGCGCUCGGCGCUCCUUCUUGAGCGCGGCGCGACCGUGCACGCCCACUCCGCCAGCGGCGCAUGGCGCCAGUAGGGCUAACGGAGUCGGUGCAUCGCUGCUCCCGGGCCGGGCCAAGAACCAGAGCUCCGACGACCUUGGCCGUGAGAAAAGCCCGCUGUGCGGUCCUCGCGAGGCGCCUAGCUGCUUCGCCGCCGAGGGCGCCUCUUUGACCACUUCGCCCAAGAGCACGAGCCUGCCCACUCUCGUGCACCAGGGAGUGACGCCGAACGGCAGAGGUCCAGCGAAGGUGGUCAAAGGCGGCGUGGAAUACGCCGUGGUGACUCGUAAGCCUUCGUACCACCAUGCGGUGCUCUCGCCGAUCCCGCGCAUCACCAGCUCACCGUGCGUCAUGGACGACGCCGAGCCACCGUUGCCACCGCGAAAGUCCAUGCACAAAAGCGACUUCGGCUUGUACUACGGCCCGGCGUCUUCGACCAGCUCGCUGAACGGAGGCACAGCCACACCGAACGGCUCGGCCUCGCACGGCGGUUCGACAACACGGCUCCUCCACCGCGUUCAGGGCAUCGGGCGCAGCGCGAGGUCGGCGCUUCUGCGCGCCUUCAGCACCGAGCGCAUCUACCGGCCGCAGAAGACCGAGACGGCCGCGGUGGCGAGGGACCGCCGGCGGGAGUUCCUCGACUCCAACCUCGGGGUCAACCAGGCGGCGCCUCUGGCGUCUCCUUCUCCCUCGCCUUCGACGUCAUCCACGACGUCUCUGGUGAUGGGCCUCAAGGCACGCAUGAGCUUGCGCAAGAGCAAGCGGCGAGCCCGCCAGGAGGCCACCGGCAUCCAGAUCAACGCCGAGAGCGACCCGCUGUGGACCGGUGGUCAUCCGACACAUGUGAGCGCUCAGCUGCUGCAGCAGAACCUGGACGGCACGCAGGUGGUUGAGCUGCGCCGGCCGCCCGGACGCUCUUUCGGCUUUUUCCUGGCCAGGGGCCGAGUGCAGGCGCACCAUGGUGUUUUCGUCUCCCGCAUGCCCGACGCCCACACGCAACAGGUGUUGCAAGGGCUUCUUGACAUCGGAGAUGAGAUACUCGAGGUGAACGGCACUGAUGUGCGUGAUGCAGACAUCAUGACGGUGAACUCGCUCAUGACCAACCAAAGCACACUGCUUCUCACCGUGCUACCUUACAUCUGCCGAAAAGACAUCUGAUGCAAGAAAGGGUGCGACCAUUCCACCAAACAAAUGUUGGCUGUGCACCGUCAUAUGACGAAACAGCUGCCCUUACGCAGUGAAGUAAUUUGGUAUCUGUGGUGUUACCUGUUGGGCACGUUUUUGAAAAGGUACAUGCAGGUAAUACUGACUCCCUGGAUGCUGCUGUGGAACUUUUCUCUCAAUUUCUUGCACUGUGAUUACGCAGAUGUUAUGCAUUCCAUUUAUUGCCAUCUGCCUUCUGUAAAACAGCUCUUUCACUGACCUGGCCUAUUCUUUGAGCAUGUGAUAGGAAGACAUGUACUAUGCAAAAUGUUUUUUUUUUGUUUUAGAUACUUGACACAUGUACCUCAUCACUGUUCUCAGUGUUUUAGGCCUUGUACUGUCAUGUGUACAGCACAUGUUCUCCCAAGAACACGAUGUUUUAUAAACACCUUCACAGUAUUGUACAAUUUUCCCUAAGCAUGUUUUAUAUGUCAAGGCACCUAUCACAAGUGCCUAAUAGUUCCAUUAUAUUAUUGAAUGUUAUUCUCCCAUUCCAUCACAACUUUUCACAUGUUUUCAUAUUGUAUAAAGCAUAUUUAUUGCAUGUUUACACUGAGAACACAUCUCAUGAAUGUUUUGAACAUAGCAGUAUAGUACCAAUGCAAAACAGACAAUCUUACUAACACUGCCGGCUUUUCCUUAAAUCAUGAGCAUUUGUAAAAACCUGCACAGUGAGAACACGGUUAUCAAAAUGGAAAUAGUAUUUUAUCUUUAAACUGUCCCCUAGCUUGAAAAGACUGGCAUCAUUGACUUUCACUCCACAGGCUUGCAAAAGGUACCUGUUGAUCUGGAAACUCACAAAUCUGCGAACAAGACGGUGACUUAAAAUCUGUUUAGAUGGACAAACUCUAUUAAGUGUUUUUCUCACUUAAGAGAGCUGCACUUAGCAGUGAACAUAACUCAAGGUAAAAAGGAAGGCUUACUUUUUCCGGAUGUCAGUGCUUAGAAAAUGUGCAGAAAUAAGUGCCUUAAUUUAAAAUGCAUAAGAUCACUGAGACCCCGAAUGGGCUGAGUUUUCUUAAUUACUCAUAAAAUGAAAUGAAUUGUAAGGGCAGUCUGAAUGCAACCAGCCUGAGGCUGUAGGUUGCCUAUAAGCUUGUUCCAUUUUUCUUUUUUUUCGCCUUCAUUGAAACGCAUAUGGCAUAAAGAAUGGCACUAAAUACAUUAACAGGGUGUUUAUUAGUGUGAAACUACAUAAUCCCUGCUUCAGUAAAAAGGUCUUUGUGAUUUAAGGGUCACGAAUGUGUCCUUUGUCUAAGUUUGUUCACCAUCAUGACAUUGGCUCCUGCUAUGCAGACACUCUUGUAGGUAUACAAGACCAGUUUCUGCUGCAGCAAAGUAGUAAAUAACAAAUUUCAGUGAAUACAUCGCUUGUUAAGCAAUAAAGACAUCUGUGACAUCUGGAGGCAUCUCUUCGUCUCAGAUACCAUGUAGAAAGCUGACAUCCUCACAGAAAGAUCAGUGUAGGAUUGUAAAUGCUGUAAAUGAGAUCAAAUCUGCAUAUGCUGUAGCAUUACUUUAUUUCAACUCUUGUGUACUAUAUCUCGAUUUACUAACUGCUGCUAAUUAUUUUAUGUGAUGCUUGCAUAGCAUUCCAUUAAAAUAAAAAGUAUCGUAACGUUAAAUAUGCUAUAUAUAUUUUUGCAAGCAACGACCCACGAUUUCUAAGUGAUGUGAGCAUUAUGAAGGUCAGCACAAUUGUACGAUAUUAAUGCAUGUGAUGACACCUUUAAAAAUGCACUAGUUUUUCUGCACCAUCUAUGUGCCACUGUGAAUUGAGUGUACGUUAAAGUGGGCCAUGUGUGAGAGUUCACUUUAAGGUAUCACCGAACGCAGUUUUGUUUUCUCUGCACUUGUUUACGCUGAUUGUUGUUACAAUAAUGAAAUUAGUGUGAAUGAUGAUGAAGGUAUGGUUGAAAAUUUCGUGCUUUUGCAGUGGAAAGCGGUAUCCUUUUGUAGCGUAACAGUCAGCCUGUUAUAGAAAAAGCUGCUGUUUGCGUGCCUAAAAGCGAUGUGGUAACUCUCAUAUACCUUCUGCGUUCAAAAAUUGUUCAUGACACACUGUACAUGACAUGUGCUGUUGUGUGGCUCCACUGUUAGUCUUGUGCAACCAUCCGUACUUUAACUUGCAAAUGAAGAAAUGCUGCUCAUUAUUUCUGAACCUUAAUAGGUCCGUCAGAACUAUGCACAAGGCCCAAUUCACGUUGUCAUUAUGGGAGUGGAGUUUAAGGGCCCACCGUUUCAUCUGUAGCCACGUGUUUACAGAAGAGUGUUGCAAACUGCGUAUCAUUCGUCUUUUAUUAAGUUACGGAAAUACGGCACGGUAUUACCGUAGCGCUCCUCGUUUCUCGCUCGCUUUGCUUAAGCCGCUCCGAUUUCUAGUGACAGUGCGCUGCCCGAACGACAGGUCCUUCUUUAACAAUGCGUAGGCUGACAGGCAACAAUGAGGCGUAACAACUCGACAGUAACUUUUGAAAACGUUUUUGUGCUGUUGGGAGCCUUCACUGGAAUUUUGGAGUGGCAAAAGCACAACGAGCGAGAAAGGAGUGGCACCAUAAUGCCGUACCGUACCUGAGUACAGUAUUUCCGUAACUUGCUAAAAGACUUAACAUGUUGUGUACCUGCUGGUUUAUGAUUACGUUUAUGAGUGCGUGUGCUGAAAUUAGGUUAGGUCACUGAUAUUUUUUACUUCACUGUCACCUGAGACAGCCAGUGGCUGAUAAUGUUUGGCAACGAGUGGCUACAUAUUUGUUUUACCAGCUUGUGAAGUACAAAGGUUCUCUUGGUUUAGUGUGCAUUUGUUCGUUUACAGGAUGUUCACGAAAGGUUUAGAGACAUGGGUAACAGUGACUGGCCUCUGUACGACUGUACGCUAAAACGUGUUGUUUCGAACCAGCAGGUACAUGUUGGUUGUAUAUGUUGGUAGUCUGGAUAGCAUUCCUCCGGCAAAUUAAAGGCUGGUAAUGUCCAAGUGUUAAACUGCACGUCUGAAAAGUAUUUUGCUUAACAUGUCACUGACAGCUAUCCUUGUUGAGGAAUUUUUCUUCUUGGCAAAUCGGUAAGCCUCGUAAAAUCAAUGAUAUCGGGAGUUUAAUCGCAAAUAUUGGGUACAUUGAUGUGACCAGUGCAGCUGAAGGGUUAGUCUGCAUUUUAAGCACACAAGGAUAAGUAGAAUUUGACAGACGACAUUUUGAUCUCUGCGACUAAACGCUGCGUGCCUUGACAAAUGUGAAGCCGUACUGUUAAGCAAAACAGUGCGAAAUUGCUUUGAUGACUCGUUUACGUUGUCAUAGAUGUAGAAC